AUGGAACUGCACGGCAUCUCGCUUCGACUUCCCUCGUCUGCUUCACUUCGCGAUUGCUUGCUGCUGGUUCGUGUUACUAUCUACCAGAUAAUACAGGUGCAAGACAGGCAAUCAAAAGAGCAGGAGUCUGAAGAUGGUGAAGACUCAAGCACAAAGAUACAAAUGGAAAUAAAAACAAAAGAAGCCUGGGUACUGCAACUACUUGUCCAAGAGGAAGAAAGAGGACAAGCUAAGACCUCAGAGCCCGAUAAAUUUCGUAGCGUUGGCCGGGUGUCACCCCUGACUGUCAGUGUCAGAAGCGAUGCAGAUCCUAAAGUGGUGUCCUCCGCAGGCAUGUUGCUUCGUUGUUGGUGGCCAAGCUUGCAGGUCGACUCGUCCAUUCAAAAUCACAAGCAAACACGGAACAGUAUAAUUGGCAACAGGUGGGCCAGGAAGACACUAGCGGACAACAGGUUGCGGGUAAGCCUUUGGUGGUGA